AUGUGCGGCUGCGCGUGGCGCGUGCACGCCUUCACCGCCGCGCUCGUGCUCGCCGCCCAUCUCAUCAAAGUGUUGUCGUGCGGCGAGGCAGGCGGCGGGUCGCGCGUGGCCAAGCGAUACGUGGGCCUCUACACGGGGCCCUACUUCGACCCUGCGGCACCCAACAAUAUUACAGCGCAACUCGGAACACACGCAUACUUACCUUGCAAGGUGCGCCAGCUCAGCAACAAGUCAGUGUCAUGGAUCAGAAGACGCGACGCUCAUAUCCUCACCGUGGAUCGUUUCACCUUCAUCGCCGACGAACGUUUUCAAGCAUUCCUGGUGGAAGCCACCGAUACUUGGACUCUGCAGGUGAAGUACGUGCAGGCUCGCGACGCCGGCGUGUAUGAGUGCCAGGUCGGAACCGAACCCAAGAUGAGCCACUUUGUGCAGCUCAACGUUGUAGUGCCAAAGAUUGAGAUCAUUGGAGAGUCGGACAUGUAUGUGAAGGCGGGCACCACGGUGAGCCUCAAGUGCGUGAUCACGCAGGCGCUCGAGGAGCCCGCGUAUAUAUUCUGGUACCACAACGACGAGCGCGUCCUUAACUACGACAAGAGUCUCGUCGAGAUACGGAUGGAGCGCGUCGCGCCUGAUACUACGGUGGGCAACUUGAUAAUCUACGGUCCGCGGCGCGAGGACUCCGGCAACUACUCGUGCUCGCCCUCCAACCUCGACUCAGCCUCCGUCGUCCUGCACGUACUCAGCGGCGAGCAGCCGGCGGCGAUGCAGCACGGCAACGGCGCGGCGCUGCUGCUGCCCGCGCUGCUGCCGCUGUUGGGCGCGUUGUUGCCGCUGUUGGGCGCGCUGUUGCCGCCGCCGCCCGCGCGGCGCCUGCCCGCUCUACUCGCGCUCGCGCUGCUCAUCCCAAUAUUGUGUCACGACGGAGCGGACGAGGAGGGGCAGCGCCAAUAG